UGGAUCACACUCAUAUAAUCUCUCCCACUUUUCAAAAUGUAUGAUAUCCUUUCUGAGUUGACUCGGAUAUACUCGUUCCUCCUCAUCCUCACCGUGUUAACUCACCCGAUAUCCGCUACCACCGCCACCCCCCAAGAGCUUCGGAAAGGUUUUACCGCCACCCCGGAUUCAUCGGUAACCUCAUUCCAGCCUCUACUCAGUGACUCGGUCGGUAACUACUCACUGGGUUUCCUCCGAGUUGAUAAAAGUCAACUCGCUCUUGUCGUUAUUCACAACCCGUCGAAAGAGCAAGUAUGGGCCGCGGGAAAAGGUCUUUUGAGUCGGUGGUCAUCCCAGACUAGGUUGUCAUUCAAUGGCAGUCUAGUAAUUACUGACUCACGAACAGGGGCAUUAUGGUCAAGUCACGCUAACGGCGACCGCGUUCGCCUCUCCAACACCUCUAAUUUAAUAAUAGAGAAAGGAGGAGACAAUUUUUCAAUCAUAUGGCAAAGUUUUGACUUUCCCUAUAAUACCCUCAUGGAGGGUCAAAAUUUCACUAGUGACAUGACACUAGUUUCAUCAAACGGGAUGUAUACCAUGAAGCUAGGACCCGAUUUCAUCGGGUUCUACGCUAAGUUUGUUGCCAGUUCUGACCCGGGCCAUCUUUACUUCCAGCAUAAUCCAAUGGAAGCUAAGGCCCGGGUCAUAGAAGGCGGGGGACCCAUCCGGGUUGUGGUCAGUCCGGAUGGGUUUCUGGGUAUGUACCAAAACAGUACAGCCCCGGUUGAUGUGCAGCCGUUUACUAGCUUCCAGUAACCGGGGACAGGUAACCGUCGGGUUCGUCUAGAACCCGACGGUAACCUGAUCGGGUACUACUGGACCAGAUCAUCCUGGCUGGUUGAUUUCAAGCAAGUACCCGAUCAGUGUGAUCUACCUAGCUCAUGUGGGCCAUACGGUAUGUGCCAACGCGGCAAAGGGUGUUCGUGUUUGGACGACCGGAGGUCUUACACCUCCGGUCGUUGUGACACUGAAGAAAUACAUGUCACCGACGAUGACUUAUGCCGGAAAAAGUACACGGUGUUGAAGAAGAUCGGAGUUGAGUUACCAAACAAAGAGAUAAUGGCUUACACGAUCAUGAAUUCUUUAGAGAAAUGUGCACGUGCAUGUGAAGAGAAUUGCACGUGCUGGGGUGCGGUGUACAGUAACACAUCUGGAUUUUGUUACACCAUAGACUACCCCAUACAAACAAUUGUUGAAGCACUCGAUGAUACCAAGGUGGGUUAUUUUAAGGUGCGUGAGGGUGCAGGGAAAGAGAAUAAGCUUAUUGGGUUAUGGGUUGGGUUAGGUUUGCUAUGUGGGUUAGUUUUGUUAAGUUUGGGAAUUGGAGGGGUGUUUUUGUACAAGAGAGAAAGUAGAGGGGUUAAAGGGUAUGUAGAGGAGGAUGGUGGUGGGGUGGGGCCCUAUAAAAAUUUGGGGUCAGCAAGUUUCAAGUCUGUUGAGUUAAGUGUGAGGUGAUGUAAGCAAUGACGUAUUUUUGGUUUUGAGGGUUUGACUUUGACCAAGCUGUGACUUUGGGUUCAUAGAUCGUGGCUAAGAUGUGUUAAAAGUUCGAAUGGAUCUUAACGGUCACGUGAAGGAGAUAUGAAUUGAUUUGUACAAUUUAAAUGUAUCUAUAUAGGGAUGUUUGAGAUUGGUUAUUUGAUAUUUUAA